GGAAAGAACCGCCGGCGGCCGCGGGGGCUCGCGCCGCCUGGACUGCAAGGUGAUCCGUCUGGCCGAGUGUGUGAGCGUGGCUCCCGUGGCCGUGGAGAGCCCCCCGGAGCCCGGCGCCACUGCCUUCCGCCUGGACACCGCGCAGCGCUCACACCUGCUGGCGGCCGACGCGCCGUCCAGCGCCGCCUGGGUGCAGACGCUGUGCCGAAACGCCUUUCCGAAAGGCAGCUGGGCUUUGGCGCCCACCGAGGACCCACCGAAGCUUUCUGCGCUGGAGAUGCUGGAGAACUCCUUAUACAGUCCCACCUGGGAAGGAUCCCAGUUCUGGGUAACCGUGCAGAGGACUGAGGCCGCCGAGCGCUGUGGCCUGCAUGGCUCCUACGUGCUGAGGGUAGAGGCUGAGAGGCUGACUCUCCUGACCGCGGGGGCCCAAACUCAGAUACUGGAGCCGCUUUUUUCGUGGCCGUACACUCUGUUGCGUCGCUAUGGCCGGGACAAGGUCAUGUUCUCGUUUGAGGCUGGCCGCCGCUGCCCCUCAGGCCCUGGAAACUUCACCUUCCAGACAGCACAGGGAAAUGACAUCUUUCAGGCUGUCGAGACGGCCAUCAACCGGCAGAAGGCCCAGGGAAAGGCUGGGCAGGGACAGGAUGUUCUCAGAGCUGACUCCCAUGAAGGGGAGGUGGCAGAGGGAAGGUUGGCUCCCCCUCCCGGCCCCCAGGAACUCCUCAGCAGUCCCCCAGCCCUGUAUGCUGAACCAUUAGACUCCCUGCGCGUUGCUCCAGGCCCUUCUCAGGACUCCCUGUACUCAGAUCCCCUGGACAGCACCCCUGCUGUGGUAGGGGAGGGGCUGAAGAAACCUCUCUACUGGGGCUUGUAUGAACACGUGCAGCAGCAGUUGCUGAAGGCCAAGCUGACGGACCCCAAAGAGGACCCCAUCUAUGAUGAACCGGAGGGCAUAGCCCCAGCCCCUCCCCGGGGUCUUUAUGAUCUGCCCCAGGAGCCCAAGGAUGCAUGGUGGUGCCAGGCUCGGAUGAAGGAGGAGGGAUAUGAACUCCCCUAUAAUCCUGCCACUGACGACUACGCUGUUCCACCUCCUCGGAGCACUAAGCCCCUCCUGGCUCCCAAGCCCCAGGGCCCGGCCUUCCCCGAACCUGGCACUGCAACUGGAAGUGGCAGCAAAAGCCAGAGCUCUGACACUGCCUUGUACAGCCAGGUCCAGAAGAGUGGGACCUCAGGGAGCUGGGACUGUGGGCUCUCUAGAGUAGGGACUGGCAGGGCUGGGGUCAAGUCAGAGAGCUCUACCUGAGAAAUAGGGCAAGACUAGGCUUGCUGAGGAGGUCCAAUGGGAGCUGGCACUGGUAUCAAAAAAGACUGUUAGAACCAGCUGGAACCACAGUGGGAAGGGCUGUGUGAGACCAGGGGACCAGAGGAUCAGGGAAGUCAAGAGGAGGACAAUCAGUUUGGGAAAGUCCUAGCAAAUGGACAGAUAGUAGGGCUGAGGAAUGGCUUUGGGGAGGGCCAGUCAGCACCCCGAAACCAUCCCUUCCCCACUUCCCCCAAAGAAGGGACAACUGCUGGACCAGGUCUGUGGAAAGGGGUACUUGGUGGGAUUGGGUGCAGUUUAAGGGGACUGUUGGAGGCUGUGGGGAGAUGUUGGAUGGUACCUGGAUCCUUGCCUCUGCAUUGUUCUUUGCCAGAGAAUAUAUAAAACAUUUUGCAAUUCUCAUUAAAGUCAGCCUGGGUUUAA